AAAGAAUCCCUUGCUGGUUUUCUCCAGGGACCUGAUGCGCAUGUACAGAAGACUUGCAUUUUGUGAUAAUAGUGCAAACUGAGGUUUUCAUAACUCGACAGGAACAUGUGAAUAGAAGUUGGAAGCCUUCCAUCACUGUGGUCAUAUUGCAAUGCACAUAGCAAGGCUGCAGCAGUUACGUGCGGGUGCGAAUACUGCUACCGUGCGGGGCCUACUCGGUAGAACCAGAGUAGAAUUCGUUGUAGCUCCUUCGAGAGUACAGGCGGUGCUUGAGAGUUCAAGUGGACAGGUUGCUCAAAAACGCGGUCAAAGCGUGUUGAAUCCAGUUCGAGGGGGCGUCCCAUCCGGAUAAUCUAUACUGUUCAUAGAUUUCACAGAUGAUGCUGCAAUUAUCUUUGGAGAUUACUUGCAACGCCGCAAUGCAAAUGUAUUCCUUGGAGCUACCUAUGAAAGCGAAAUCUUCCAGAUGAGCAUUCGGCGAUCUAACGAAUUCCGUCUGUCAAGCUGAUGACGAAC